AUAAGUUCACACGAGCAAAACAAACUGGUCGUGCAAACCGUGCAUCCUAUUAAUUUUAUAUCCAAUAUUAUUUUAAGUUAUAAUUUCAAAUGUGUGCAAAUUUAACGUUUUAAGUGCCUCGAAGAUGUGGUCAACAGUUCAUCUGAAAUGUGUAAACUGAGUCUGUUUAGUUGUUUAUUUGCAUUACUUUCGUGCACAGUAGGGACUGGUACUCGUAUGUAGACAACACGCUUAGACAUUGUGAGACAUUGAGGAUCUUGCGGAAAAUUUAAAAUUAUUUUUAAACAGUGCCAUAACUUAUUCGUGUUAAUAUAAUAGGAUAGGAUUGUAAUAAUAUGUGAUAUUGUUUUUACGGAAAACCAUUUUUAGUUAUUAAGAUAAUACCUGUUUAUAUCUCUAGGGUAAAGGCAUUAUUACUUUUUAUAUAUCUUAGAAGAUCUUCUGAAACAAAUUUGGUGUGCAAAGUAAAAUAAACAGGGUAUUAAAACUUAUGUUUCGGACGGUGUAGUUAUAUCCAACAACAAAUACGACAAUGAACCGAUUGCUGUUGUUAGCGAGUUUCGUUUUGUUGUUGGCGGUGGAGUGCAACAGUGGGGUGUGGAUGCCAGUAGGCAGCCCUAUCCUCAGCGCGUACCCCUGCAAGAACACGAAGGACAUCGUGGUGUGGUUCGAGCCAGGGCUGCCACCCAAGGACAACAAUCGCUUCUACGUGUACAUCAACAAAAACUUUCCAGCCGACAGCGUCACAAAAGUGUUCUUUGACGCAGAAGUGAACAUCACUUUCACUGUUAGAUCGGAUGAAAAGAAGUUCCAACGCUUCUCUCUCACGGACGGUGACAGCUUCACGCUUCGCUUCUUCGUGCAGCAUGCAGGCCUCGGGUUCAUCGUGAAGGGCACCGUGCCAGGCCUCACGCCCUACCUCAUCGGCCUCACCAUCAACGACGUGGAGUACUGCAACGACCCCGACGUCGGCUUCCUCCACGAAUACGCAGCGGAAACCGGCAACGCUCCCCAGAACUGCGGCAAAGCAAAGGUGGACCACACCGAGCUGAUCGUGAACGGCGCCAGCACCAAGCCCGGCGACUGGCCCUGGCACGUGGCACUGUACAGCGCGCACGGCGUCGUCUCCAAGUACAUAUGUGGGGGCACCCUUAUCUCCAAGAACUUCGUAUUGACAGCUGCGCACUGUACGUCUUCGAUGGGGACCCCCUACUCCUCCGACGUGCUUAGCGUGGUGUUGGGCAAAUACAACCUGAAAGGCGGUGACGUAGAGUCAGUGGAGAGGAAGAUUCAUAGGAUAAUAAUCCACGAGCACUACCAGUACCGCAAGCUGGCCAACGACAUCGCUCUGUUGAAGCUGCGGACGGAGGUGGCGUUCACCGACUACAUCCAGCCCGCCUGCCUGUGGUACCGGCGCGCGGCAGACGUGUUCAACACUACCACUAUACUGGGCACUAUAGUGGGCUGGGGCUUCAACAGCAACGACACGCUGUCGGAGACCCUGAAGCAGGCCAGCAUGCCGAUGGUGUCGGAGAGCACCUGCAUCAAGAGCAACCCGCUGUUCUACGGCCGCGCGCUCAACGGCAAGAAGUUCUGCGCGGGCUUCCAUAACGGAACUUCAGCAUGCAACGGUGACAGCGGAGGCGGGUUCCAGGUGUUCAUACCGGACAAGAAGCAGCUGGUGCCGGGCAAGGUGACCGGCGCGUGGCACGUGCGCGGCAUAGUGUCCAACACCAUCGCCCGUCUCGACGCGCCCAUCUGCGACCCCAACCAGUACGUCGUGUUCACCGACGUGGAGAAGUACAGGGACUGGAUCGACAGCCACCUCGACGACUAGACUAUAGCUUGGCAAAUUCGUUCGUAACACUCCGCGGGGGGCGGGAGAAGGGUAGCGAUGACAGAUAAACCCUCAACUGAUGCACUUCAGUUCCAGUAUUUACACCCCCGUCGCCCGCAUAUCAUGGGAGUGUCUUCAAGUUGCCAAGCUAUACUGCAGCUCGGGAUUAUUUUAACUGGGCACCGUUACUGGCGUGCACUUUACAGAGCCAAAAAGCACUGCAUACCUUGAGGACUCAAUAGAAACCUGUACCUAUAAGAGAGUAAUUUUCCCUAACCCUAGCUUAUCAUACGCAGCUCAGAGUCAUUUCAGACUAGCGUGUUUUUUGCGCGUAGACUUCAAAAAACCGGACUCGCGUAAACGGGCAUAUUUCGGCGUGUUCGCUCAAACCGGUGGUGUUGUGUCAGUAUCAACAUAUACGAGCUCAGAAGCGCGUCAACGCUCGUGCGCUCGUGUGCUGAUUUUGGAAGCGUAUGUGACGCGCCUAUACGCGCCUAAAUACGCUUCCAAAAUCAGCUCACACGCGCGUAUAAAACGCCAGUCUGAAACCGUUCUUAGGCAGCUACACGACACGCCAUAAAUACAAACACCUAGACACUAAGUAUCCCCGCACACGGGAGCCACGCGACAGCCACAAAAAGUUACUGAUCGACCCCCUUUUGUAAAUGUUUUAUGGACUAGCCACACACAGCCGGUGACGCCGGAGACGCACAAAACUCCUAUAGGUGGUUUGUGCCGUUGACACGUGGUUACCACGUACGGCAACACAUAAUAGUGCCAUCAACCAUCUUACAAAUACACUAUCAAACAGAUUUGUCUGAUUGCUGUCUUUUCGUUUUACCAAUCAAAGAAGCUAGUGCGAAAAAGAAAGAAAAUAGUCCGAAAAAUAAAGAAGAUAGUCCGAAAAAGAAAGAAGAUAGUCCGAAGUACUUUGAUGAAUUAUUGUCUUCAUCUUUGAGUUUACAUACGAGGAAUCACUGUGUACCUAUUGGUAUCAGGGCCUCCUAUCCAAAUUACACAUCGAUUAACUUUCUAACGCAUCGAAAACUAAUAAAUGUAUAGGAAUGACAUAUCCAAUCGACAGUUUGAUCACGUGACCAGACCAUCGAUAACGAAUUUCAUGCCCAUGUUUUUUGCUUUUCGAAGCGUUAGCUUUUGUAGAAAGAGAAUUGAUGUGUAACAUGGCUUUAGGCUCAGAUCCACAGAACAUACGAUUUGAUUAACUUACCGCCCAGACUAGAAUUACCUUAAAGCUUUAUAACCUUGAGGUAAUUAUUAUGAUAUUUGUAAAAUAUCAUAAUUGCUUGUUAAUUUAAUGUACUUUGAUGAUAAACUGAAAUAAAUUAUAUUUUAAU